AUGGAGAAAGACACUUGGUAUCUCGACAACGGAGCAUCGAAUCACAUGACGGGUAAUCGAGUUUAUUUCUUUGAACUUAAUGAACGUGUCACGGGAAAGGUGAAAUUCGGAGAUGGAUCUUAUAUUGACAUACGGGGAAAGGGAUCGGUAUUACUUGAAGGGAAAACGAGGGAGAAAUGUCUGUUAACCGAUGUUUACUAUAAUCUGAGUUUGCAAAGCAAUAUCAUAAGUCUUGGUCAAGCAACGGAAGGUGGAUGCGACAUUCACAUGAAACGUGAUUUGCUAACCAUUCAUGAUGAUAUAGGCAGAGAUCUACAAAGAGUUGAACUGAAAGAUGAUACGCCAAGUACGAGCCAGAAUCUUCUCAACGAUCCAAGUUUAAUGAAGAAACCCAAAUUCAAAAUUCAAAGAAGAAUGUUCAAGAAUGCAAAGAAAAUGUCAAACAAGGGAUCCAAACCCAAGGAAAGACGUGGUUUCGACGCGAAAUUGGGGGAUUUGGGGACGGAGAACAAGCCACAUGAUGAAGAUGAUGACGCCGGUGAUGAGGAUGAUGCCGAAGAUGAAGAUGAUGACAUCGGUGGUCGGGUGGCCGGUGGUGGUGGUGGUGGUGGUGGCGGGGUAGCCGGUGACUGGUCUGGAUUGAUCGACCUUUGA